CUUAACGUGGACAGAAGUUCCUGAACUGUGUCAGAAGAAAUCUUGUGGUAUUCCAGCUGAUCCAGAAAAUGGGCAAGUUAUGGCAAAAAAUCAUCAGCUGGGAGCAACAGCCAAUGUGGUUUGUGACCGUGGGUACAGAUUGGAGGGAGCGUCACCUUCCAUCAGGUGUUUACUGCAGGAAGGCAAAGCUGUCUGGAGUCCUCUUCCAGCUUGUCAGGUGAUUUCCUGUCCCCCUCCUCCAGCCAUUGCUCACGGGCAGCACAGUGGGAACAGCUCGCAGGAGUUUGUGUUCGGCUCCAUCACAACCUACACGUGUGAGCCGGGGCUGGAGCUGGUGGGACAGGACACCCUGCUCUGCAAG